UGUGGGAAGAGCUUUAAGUUCCAGUGUCAUCUUAAAACCCACCAGCGCAUUCACACUGGAGAGAAACCAUAUCAGUGCUCACAGUGUGAGAAGAGCUUUUAUAUAAAGAGUGUUCUCAAAAAUCACCAGCGCAUUCACACUGGAGAGAAACCAUAUCAGUGCUCACAGUGUGGGAAGAGUUUUAUUAGACAGAGCGAUCUCAAAAUACACCAGCGCAUUCACACUGGAGAGAAACCGUAUCAGUGCUCACAGUGUGGGAAGAGUUUUAAUGCACAAAAUGUUCUCAAAAUACACCAGCGCAUUCACACUGGAGAGAAACCAUAUCAGUGCUCACAGUGUGGGAAGGGUUUUACUACACGGAUUGCUCUCAAAAUACACCAGCGCAUUCACACCGGAGAGAAACCAUAUCAGUGCUCACAGUGUGGGAAGAGUUUUAAUCAACAGAGUCUUCUUAAACAACACCAGCGCAUUCACACUGGAGAAAAACCUUAUCAGUGCUCACAGUGUGGGAGGAGUUUUAAUACACAAGGUUGUCUCAAAACCCACCAGCGCAUUCACACUGGAGAGAAACCAUAUCAGUGCUCACAGUGUGGGAGGAGUUUUAAUCAACAGAGUCAUCUCAAAGAACACCAGCGCAUUCACACUGGAGAGAAACUGUAUCAGUGCUCACAGUGUGGGAAGAGUUUUAAUACAAAGAGUAAUCUCAAAACCCACCAGCGCAUUCACUCUGGAGAGAAACCGUAUCAGUGCUCACAGUGUGGGAAGAGUUUUAAUCAACAGAGUCUUCUUAAAACCCACCAGCGCAUUCACACUGGAGAAAAACCGUAUCAGUGCUUACAGUGUGAGAAGAGCUUUUAUAUAAAGAGUGUUCUCAAAAAUCACCUGCGCAUUCACACUGGAGAGAAACCAUAUCAGUGCUCCCAGUGUGGGAAGAGUUUUAAUAGACAGAGUGAUCUUAAAAUACACCAGCGCAUUCACACCGGAGAGAAACCAUAUCAGUGCUUACAGUGUGGGAAGAGUUUUAAUCAACCGAGUGCUCUCAAAAUCCACCAGCGCAUUCACACUGGAGAGAAACCAUAUCAGUGCUCACAGUGUGGAAAGAGUUUUACUACACGGAUUGAUCUCAGGAAUCACCAGCGCAUUCACACUGGAGAAAAACCUUAUCAGUGCCCACAGUGUGGGAAGAGUUUUAAUCAACAGAGUACUUUUAAACAACACCAGCGCAUUCACACUGGAGAGAAACCAUAUCAGUGCUCACAGUGUGGAAAGUGCUUUAGUACACAGGGUCAUCUAAAAACCCACCAGCGCAUUCACACUGGAGAGAAACCAUUUCAGUGCUCACAUUGUGGGGAGAGUUUUAAUCAACCGAGUCAUCUCAAAAUUCACCAGCGCAUUCACACUGGAGAGAAACCAUAUCAUUGUUCACAGUGUGGUAAGAGUUUUAAUCAACAGAGUAAUCUCAACAAACACCAGCGCAUUCACACUGGAGAGAAACCAUAUCAGUGCUCACAGUGUGGGAGGAGUUUUGCUCAUUUAACAACAUUUAAGAAACACAAGUGUGACACAUUCAAUUGUACCGAAUAAACUAACAGUUUGAUUUUUAAUACCACAUUCCCAAAGUAAUCACCAAGUGUUCCUGUUAAUGUAGCAGCAGCUGUAAUGUUUAGCAUGUGCACCUGUUUCUGUUUAUUUUAAUAAAUGAACCCACAGUU